AUGAUAGAAAGAAGGUUGCUAGCACAACAAGUGGUGUACGGAGGCAGGCGGCAGCGGUAUGGAAGAUCUGACGGGACCAUUAAGGUUGAGACUGUUUCUUACGUUAUUAAUUCCAUCAAAUUGAGCGAUUUGUUUUCGUCAUCAUGCUCCUGCCGCUUUGAUCCCGAGCGUCCUACUAAUCCUAAUCCUACUGCUAUUGGUGAUCCCGAUCUUCCUACUAAUCCUACUGCUAUUGGUGGUGAUGGUGAUAGAAACAAAUGCCCGUGGUGCUCCAAAACCCUCAAAGCCCCCGACGACGACAAGGAGGAUUGUAGUGAAUUAAACCAUAUGGAUGAUACGACAACCAGAACCGAAUGCGCGGCUUGCUCCAAGGGCAAUAGUGAAUUACGUUAUCGGGCUUCUCUCACCGGCGAGUAUCUUCCCGGCUAUAUGGGUUGCGGUGUCUUUGGAUCUCAAAUUGUUUUCGGCGGAGGUGCGAAAUCCCGCCUCUCAACCGUGGCCGAGUGCACCCAUAUGCGAUUCGGACCAGAUGCGAGUAGAGCUAUAUAUGGAUUUGAGACUCGGGAUCCGAAUCCCACGAUCAAACUGAGGGGCCGAGAGCGUAUGUUUGGGAAAUUGCUUGGAGAAGUCCCUACACCCCUGCUGAUGGAGGUUUUCGACCCCAACUCUAAGAAAUGGUCUCCCCUUCCUGCACCUUCAAUUCUCGAGCCUGGUGGAAGCUAUGGAGACUUCUCUUGUGCAGUUGUGGAUAGUUUUAUCCUUCUGUCGACUCGGACCAGUAUGGUAUAUGGCUUUGACACUAGUGAAGAGGAACAUCCAAAAUGGAUAGAAGUUGGGACUCCUAGUUUUUUCUCCGAUGGUGCUCUUCCUUUUGAAGGAAAAGCUUUGCUCCUGAUGGAUGACAAUGAGUCUUUCAUGUUCAGUUAUAAGAGGAAACAGCGUGGAUAUGCCAUUGUUGUCCACUCUGUGUCUCCUGAUCAUGUGUCUGUUAUUAAAAAAUUGCCACUGGAGCAAGUUCUAGCGGAAGCGGAUAAGUUGCCUGCUGAUUUUCGUGAUAUAUAUUCAAGAUAUGACCACUGCUUUGUUCAUAUAGAAGGUAAAUUGUCGAGUGAAGAAUCAUGCUAUGAGGAGAAGACCUUGCGGGCUAGUUCGUGUUGUCUUAGCUUAUUUAAGAUUAGAUAUUUGUGGUCUGGUUGA